GAGUUUUGGCUAUGACCUGAUGCUUAAAAUGUGCUGCGCACAUUCUACUAGCGCUGCAAUGCUUCCCCCGCUGGUAGCGAUUUGGUUGAGCCUAGCACCAGCUUGCGUCUAGAGCGCGCAUAAUUCGCUGGCUCCUUUCCUCAACAAUUGCUCCAACAUGUCUGCUCUAUCGUCAAAGAUCGGCAUUUCAUUCUGAGGUUGACUGUAUCCAGAUAUUCCUUGAAGAAUCGCAACUGCCGGAAUACCCUACAAUGAGAUAUGGAUACUUCCCAUCCCUUUCACGAUUCGAAAGCAAACGCUGUACGGCCGUCCCCACUCGACGAUGUGGAUCAACCAGUUUUUCAUGACAAAAAGUCGGUGGUAUCGUCAACACAUAGCGUCGAGUCUUGCGAGAUCGAACCGCUUGAUCCCGAGAUCGUAUCAUGGGACGGGCCGGAUGAUCCAACAAAUCCAAUGAACUUCUCUCAUGCGCGCAAGCUCAGUAUAGUCUUCACAGUAUCGUCAUUGACCUUCUCCGUAGCCGUGGCGUCUUCAAUGUUCUCGCCUGGCGUACCAAGUUUAAUGAAGGAGUUCAACCAAACCUCGUCUGUGCUCUCGUCUCUCAUCGUCUCGAUCUAUGUUCUCGGAUUCGCUGUCGGCCCGCUCUUCAUUGCCCCACUCUCAGAGAUGUACGGUCGCUCCAUCCUAUAUCGCAUCUCGACCGUGAUAUUCGCCGCUCUCACCUUGGCUUGCGGAGAAUGCAAUUCGUUUGCCGCAAUCUUUGUCCUGCGGUUUCUUUGCGGAACCUUUGGAAGUACCUCGUUCGCACUUGGAUCGGGAUCAGUCGCUGAUGUUACACCGGUUGAGAAGCGAGGAAGAUAUACAAGCAUAUACAACAUUGGUCCAGUUCUUGGUCCUGCAGUUGGCCCUGUUGCGGGUGCUUUUCUAUCUGCUAUAUCCUGGCGUUGGGUUUUCCGUGUACUUGGUAUACUUGCUGCGUGCUUGGCUAUCAUGUGCUUUUUCACCUUGCCGGAGACCUACGGCCCAUAUCUUCUGUUGAGAAAAGCUAGACAGCUGAGACGGGAGACCGGGAACGACAGGCUACGAACGAUAUAUGAGGAUCGAAUGGGGACUACUCCUCGGGCACGAUUUGUACGGAAUAUAAUCAGGCCCAUGAAAUUGCUGAUGUUCAGUCCGAUUGUACAGAUCCUGUCUCUGUUCGUGGCUACUACAUACGGCAUGUUUUAUCUUCUGUUUACGACAUUCACCGAGGUGUUUGAGGUACAGUAUGGGUGGGCAUCAAACAUAGUAGGUCUGUCGUAUAUAGGAUUAAGUCUAGGUAGCUUGCUUGCUCUGACUAUCAUAAUCAUAUACUCUGAUAAGAUCUUGCUGGUCUUGGCCGAACGAUCGAAAUCAAAGCAGUGCAUACCAGAGCAUCGACUACCAAUACUGAUCUUUCUCGCACCUACUUUGCCGGUCGGGUUAGUGGUCUAUGGUUGGGGCGUUUACUGUAAGGCGCAUUGGAUAGUGCCGCUAGUUGGCACGUUUCUGAUUGGCGUCGGUGUUCUAUCCACUUUCUCACCGACAAUCAACUAUUUAGUGGAUGCUCAUGGGAUUUAUGCAGCCUCAGCAGCAUCUGCUUCGAUCGCCGUCAGAAGCCUGGGUGGUGCGUUUUUGCCUCUAUCUGGUCCUGCGUUGUAUCGCAGUUUGGGAUAUGGGUGGGGGAAUACUUUGCUGGGAUUAAUCGUUCUUAUUUGGCUACCGGUACCAAUUUUGUUAUACAUGAAGGGGGCGGCGUUAAGGGCGAGGUUCAAUCCAAGUCUUUGAUUAUCUUAUUUCAUGUGUUUUGACGGUUUUUCU